UCCGGUGCGGCAGCCUCUGCGGCUCGUGAGAGAGCGAGCAGGCCGGUUGGCGAGAGAGAGAGAGAGAGAGAGAGAGAGAGAGAGGGUGAGAGAGAAGCAGGCGGGGGAGCGCGAGCCAGCAGCGGAGAGAGAAGACCCGGUAGAGCGCGAGGAGGGAGAGAGAGAGAGAGAGAGAGAGAGAUCGAGAGUGAACGAGAGGAGAGAGAGAGCGACGACCAUCAGGGUCCGAGUGCCUCAGGGACGGACGACACGGAGAGGGGGAGGACUGAGCGAGCGAGUGAUUGUCCGAGCGAUCGACAGCCCGACCGACCGACAGACAGACAGAUUGAAUGAAGCUGCACCUGGUGCUUCUGAGGGCCUUUCCCAUGUUUUGAUUUGCUCCAUUUUUUUACUUUCUAAACUUGGUUUCACCGAGCCGCUCCCUGCCAUGCCGUCCAACAGUCCUGCUGCCGCCGAACCGCCCCAGACACCAGAGAACGAAACGACCAAAGAUGUGGGUGAAGAUGGAGCAGACCAGGACAGUCCAGAGGAGGGGACGCCAGCGAGCCCCCGCAACAAGCGCAGAGUGGGUCGUCCUGGCAGGAAACGCAAACAGCUGCUUCCUGAGAUGGCGACCUCUGACCCCUGUGCAAACGCCCCCCCAACCCCGCCUGAGGAGCCGGAGCCCUCCCCCUCCCCUCGCAAGAAGCGCGGGCGUCGGAAACUAGAGCAAACCGAGAAGAAUAAGGACGAGCCAGACGACAGAAACUGUGACUCCCCCAGAGAGAAAGAGACUGGGAGGCUGCGGAGGAGGCCAGUCCCCAGAGUGACUUUCCAGGCUGGAGAUCCGUACUACAUCAGCAGGAGACAGAGAGAAGAAUGGCUCAGCCGCUGGAAGAUGGAGGUGGGAGAGAAACAGGCAGAGCGACGGGCGUACAGAGAGGCAGAGAUAAACAUGAUGGACGACCUAUCAGAGGGAGACUUUCACAAAGAGGAGGAGGAGCCAGCCAGCCCAGCCCCUCCCCCUUCACAACAACACACAGACCCCGCCUCUCCAACAGUCGCCGUGACACCGGAGCCGGUUGCCAGGGGAGAACAGGCCACACCCAGCGAGGUAGAGUACCAGGAUGGCAGGGGUUUUGGCAUCGGUACUCUGGUGUUUGGGAAGCUGCGAGGUUUCUCUUGGUGGCCCGGCAGGAUUGUUUCCUGGUGGAUGAGCGGCCGAAGUCGAGCUGCAGAUGGAACUCGCUGGGUGAUGUGGUUUGGAGACGGCAAGUUCUCUGUGCAGAGCCACAGAAGAUGCUCAGAAAGGGGACCCAGAGUCCUUCCACAAAGAGUUUGUGUGGAGAAGCUGAUGCCUCUGAGCUCUUUCUCAUCUGCCUUCCAUCAGCCCACUUACAACAAACAGUCCAUGUAUCGGAAAGCCAUCUUUGAGGCUCUGCAGGUGGCCAGUGUACGUGCAGGGAGGCCAGUUCCCUCCUGUGAUGCGAGCGAUGAUGCAGACGGCGUAGAGAUUCAAACCAGACAGAUGAUAGAGUGGGCCAUGACCGGCUUCCUACCCAGUGGUCCGCAAUCACUGGACCCUCCAGAGGGUGAGAAAAAUACCUAUAAGGAAGUGUACCCAGAGAUGUGGGCGGAACCUGAGGCAGCAUACACACCUCCACCUGCCAAGAAACCGCGCAAAAACGCAGCUGAAAAAGCAAAGAUCAGAGAGGUGAUCGACGAAGGGACCAGAGAGAGACUCAUAUUUGAGAUAAAAAAGAAGACCAGGAACAUAGAAGAUAUUUGCAUCUCCUGCGGAAGCCUCAACGUCUCUCUGGAGCAUCCUCUCUUCGGAGGAGCAAUGUGCCAGGGUUGCAAGAACUCGUUCCUGGAGUGUGCUUACCAGUACGACGACGAUGGCUACCAAUCCUACUGCACCAUCUGCUGUGGAGGCAGGGAAGUGCUCAUGUGUGGCAACAACAACUGCUGUAGGUGUUUCUGUGUGGAGUGUGUGGAUCUCCUGGUAGGAACCGGCUCGGCGGCGGCAGCCAUCAAAGAAGACCCCUGGAACUGCUACAUGUGUGGAUCCCGAAGCACCUACGGGUUACUGCGGCGACGGGACGACUGGCCCUGCAGACUACAGCACUUCUUCGCCAACAACCAUGAACAGGAAUUCGAGCCAGCCAAGUUGUAUCCUCCAGUUGCAGCAGAGAAGAGGAAACCAAUCAGAGUUCUCUCUCUGUUUGACGGCAUUGCUACAGGUCUGUUGGUGCUGAAGGAUUUGGGCAUCCAGGUUGACAAGUACGUUGCGUCUGAGGUGUGUGAAGACUCCAUCACUGUCGGCAUGGUUCGACACCACGGUCGGAUCAUGUACGUGGGUGACAUACGCAACGUAACGCACAAACAUAUCGAAGAGUGGGGACCAUUUGACCUGGUGAUAGGAGGAAGUCCUUGCAAUGACCUCUCCAUAGUCAACCCUGCAAGAAAAGGCCUUUACGAAGGAACCGGCCGGUUGUUUUUCGAGUUUUACCGUCUGCUGCACGAGGCUCGACCAAAGCCGGGCGAUGAGCGGCCGUUCUUCUGGCUGUUUGAGAACGUGGUUGCUAUGGGAGUUAGCGACAAACGGGACAUCUCCCGCUUUUUAGAGUGUAACCCAGUGAUGAUUGAUGCCAAGGAGGUCUCUGCUGCCCACCGUGCUCGUUACUUCUGGGGAAACCUGCCAGGCAUGUCCAGACCUCUGUCUCCCAUGACGAAUGACAAGCUCGACCUACAAGAGUGCCUCGAGCACGGGCGCACAGCCAAGUUUGAGAAGUUGCGUACGAUAACGACACGCUCCAACUCUGUGAAGCAGGGGAAAGACGAGCAUUUCCCCGUCUUCAUGGACAACAAGGAGGACAUCCUCUGGUGUACCGAGAUGGAAAGGGUGUUUGGUUUCCCCGUCCACUACACCGACGUGUCCAACAUGAGUCGUCUGGCCAGGCAAAGGCUGCUGGGACGUUCCUGGAGCGUCCCCGUCAUCAGGCACCUCUUCGCCCCGCUCAAGGAGUACUUCGCCUGCAACUAGUCACACACCACCAACUCUCUCUCUCACACACACACACACACAUACAAACACACACAAACAGACAUACACAGAUAAGUACACACAGUAUACAGCUAGUACAUGAAGGUUGGCUGACGCAGGAUGACUCAGAUGACCGGACAUACACACACGUGUACACACACACACACACACACACACACACACACACACACACACACACACACACACACACACUGUAAAGGACUGCUUCCCUAGAUCCCCAUGUAGACCACUGGCUGACCUUAGUCCCCUGGUGCUACCUUGCUGAUUUUCACACACACACACACACACACACACACACACACAGACACACACACUGGUGCAUACAAACUUCCUGUCCGACCUUGAAACUGGUGUCUUCUGGCUUUACUGUGUCAAUAGUAGCUAGAGUUCAAACCUCCAGAGGGCGCAAAAGUGACAAAGAUGCCCCAACUUUCUGUUUUUAACACCUCUCUAAAUACGUCAACACACCAAUGAAUCCCUCUGAACCGUAACACUUAACUCAAAUGUAUUCAUGCGUAGUGACAGUGCUGCUGGUGUAUUACCGUGCAAUGAACACAAAUAUACAAACUCACAAACACACACACACCAGUUAAUGCUCGUGGUGCUGGUCAGGCAGUGAUAGAGUCCAAAUGGUGCCACUUUAAUACAACACAUAUAAAGUUUUUGGUGCUCUUGGAGACCGAACGGUCUCUGGUUGUUUCAGUCGCUACAGUUUUGUGUCCCUAAGUGAGUUAAACCAAAUGCUUACAAGCAGGUGGAGGCAACACCAGGCAAGAGAGGUGAAUUUUUAAGAACUAUUUAUUUGUGUGAUAUAGUGAGAGUGUGCAAGGGAGAGUCCAAAAGAAAAAGUAAGGCAACUGAUAUAUUCAUGUGGAGCCUUUUUUUAACGUGACUACAACUAAAUCAGAUUGUAAAAGCUGCUCUGGAGGCACAAAUCAUUUUAGUAGACGAGUUAAACCUCAGUCAUCCGAGCCAAAAAUCCACGUUUUUUUGUGGCAAAAAAACACCAAAAGAGGUCUUCAGCUUCCCCUGAGAAAGACCACUUUUGUCUGAAAUGUUGUCAGUGAUUCCAACAAUAUGAAAUACUGAAAUAAAAGAGUGAAUUUUUGGGGAUGCCAAAGCAGUUUGAGGUUGUGUUUUUUCCUUUUUUCAUGUUUGUUACCCGGCAUCUGCAUAGUGCCUAUUAUUUAUAGAAUCCCCAUUAGCUUCCACUAGAGAAUAAAUACACACAAAUAUACAUCGGACAAAAUCUAGACGUUGAAAGUUACAAAAGAAAUCAAAAAUUAAUUAGAGGAAUAUAAAAUAUAAUAGAAACAUUAAUUUUUAAAAAAACAGACUAAUUUGAUACAUAAUCUAGGAAAAAAUAAGAGGCCGGCCAUGUGGAUUUGCAUGUGCUUUCAUGAAAAGACUUUUUCAGAGCCAAGAUCAUAAUGGAAAGCCUUGUAACUGUCUCCAUCUUCAGUGUUUGGAGCGCCCUCCAGUGGGCAGAGAAACCAGUAGAAAGAGAGUGCAUAACAAGAAAAAACACUCAUGUUGGGGUAAAACAAUCCUUUGUGUUCCACAGUUAGUGUUAGUGGUCACUGGAUCAGAACAGUUGUGAAGAUAAAGACAGAAUAACGUCAGCUUUUAUACUUAGUACCUAAACAUUCUCAUAUAUAUAUCGAAAUAUAGAAUAUUGCUGCUGCAUGUCUUUGUUGUCAGGACCUACAUCCACUGGCACUUGUGUGCUUUUUUAAAAACUUAUACUGCUUUGAUUAUUUCUUGGUGGUUUUUUGCAAUAUUUUAGGCAGUGAUUGUACAUUAAGGUUAGCCAAUGCUUUGGUGAAUAUGCUGUGAUGUACUGUACAAUAGUACCGUUUUAAGAAUGGGUUUAUUUCAUCAUGUUUAGCACAUGCUGGUAUGCAAUACUUACUCAAUAACAUUUGUGAAAGUGCUGUUUGUAUUGCAUUGAUUACUGUUAACUGUUGCUCAAAUGACUGUGAUGUUCAUCUUAAGGGUGCAAAAUUGGAAUAAUACUGUCUGUCACUUUAGUCAUUAUGCCACUUGCCUGAUAGAUAGAUGUCAUAAUACUGUACCAAACCUUGGCCUACUUAAUGGGAUCAUUUCAUUAAGUUGGCAGUGAAAAACAACACUAUAUUUAAGCCUUCAGUGUCAUUAUGUUGAUGUACCGGAGGGACGUUUCUGUUCGAAUAAUCCUUAGGCAAAGUCCUGAAAAACAGUUAUACUGUGAAAUGACGAUAUAAGGGAGUCUUUCUAUGUGGCUCAGUUUGUUUUUACCCAUCAUGAGAGUGGCUUUCAUCAGGUGUGACGCAUUAUGCACUGUCUCUAUAGCUGUCUGGGUAAGACCUUCCAAGAUCAUGAAGGCCAGCCAACAUUAUUAUUUGUUUUAUUUAAUUUUGAGUUUGCUUGCUAUUUAAAAAGAUUGGAGAUUGUAAUUUCAUUUGAUAUAGUCAAAUACGUAUUAUUAUUUUUUAUGACGCUGAUAUUACACUGCAUAAAGUCAGCUUUCUGGAUUUUGUGUCAAAAUCUCAGUUUAACAUCGCUACACAGUGAAGUGUUUUUAUUUCAAAAAUUUUAAACCUUAUACCAUCUUCCCCACACUUUCUCGUACCCAUUUAUAGGAUUUUUUUUAAAACGAGCAGAAGGUUGAUGUUAUCGACCUACUUUAGCAAAAUAUGAGGGUUUCCUGUCCCUGAAAAGUCUGCUCUUCGGCUCCACCCAACAAGUUUUAAUUCAUCCAGUGAGAUUAUUUCUGCCUCCAGAGCAGCACUGCCUCUGAGAAACAUUAAACUAAAACACCAACAGACUUUUCAGGAGUUCAGUGUCUUGCUCACAGCAGCAUUUAAAGUAAAAGGAAGUCGAUGGGGGAUUGAACCGACACCCUUUUAGUUACCAUACAGCUUCUCUUGCGUCUCAGGCCCAGUGUUGCCCAGUCUUUUUUGUCUGGUGAACUACUCACAGUCCACCAGCCUUUGCGGUCACACUCCUACUUUGCGUCAUAGGGAUCCAAAAUGUCCUCCAUUUACCGCAGCGACAUCCACUGAAACCAGAGGCCGACCUUUAAUCUGUAGACACUAUGCUGGUUUUCUACUUCCUACGACUGAAACAGAUAGCCCUGUAUAAAUAACUAGACACUUCCUCAUAUCGCACAGAUACAAUUGUACGACCUGUCUUGGGUGUUUCUUCUGCCUUUUGCCCAAUGCAUGCUGGGAUAAACUCAGCCGCUCUGUGACCUUGAAUAGGAAAGUAAAGAAAAUGGCUUGUCAUCAAAGUGUGGCAGAUAUGUAAUAAAAUGUUUCCAAGACUAUUGUACACACAGACACUAUGUUUAAACGUCCCUAUAUUCUGAUGUUUUAUUUAAACAGGGCUGUCUAUUGAGAAAACAUCUCAGUCAUUUCAGUCUGGUGCUUUUGGUCCGCAGACGACCAUCUUUUUCCAGGAAGCCUUCCGAUCCUCUGACCUUCCUCAGAUACCAGCUAACAACUGGACACAUGCAGUCCAUGCUGACACACACACACACACACACACACACACACACACACAUGCACAAAAAGUAACAAAAAUCAACAAUAAACCAGCAGGUUCAAAGUUUUUGCCAUCAUGUUUACUCUCCGUUUAUACAACCAACCUUCAGGUGCUUUUUAAACUCUUUUUUACAGCGCUCUUGCAGGUUACACACACACACACACACAGACACACACAUUUGCUGGAAACAGUGACUUUCACGCUUCUUUAAACUCCUUUUCGCUACAAAACACAGCAUCAAUACAAACACACACAUGCAUACACACUGUGUUUUUGCCAGCCGCCUGUCGCCAUCAGGCUUCCCACGGCACCGCCGGGUGUGACAUCAUCACCCUGCGUCGCUUGGUGCUCCCAAACCCCCUCCACUCCCCAACCCCCAGGUGCUGCAUGUCAGUCAGUCAGUGUAAUCUCCGAUUCCAUGUUAGAUUAGGGAGUAAUGAUCAUAAUAAUAAUGGUAAUAAUUACAAUAAUAAUCUGUUAUUGUGUGUGUGUACUGUUCCAGGUUGGUGCUCAGUUCAGUUCAGUCUCAGCCUAGAGGGGAGAGAGAGAGGCUAGAGAAAGCAUAUAUUACAGUUAGUAUAGUGACUUGUUCUAUUGUACCCAAGGAUGCCAGAAGAAAUUGUUAAACCGAUGAGCUAAAGGACACUCUCAAACAAGAGCCAGUUGAAAUAACACCGAAUGUUGAAAAAGAGGUGGACGAGACAGGUUAAGGUGAACAACUUCAUCAAUAAAUACCCUGAAAUCAGGUCCAGUAUGAUCUGGGUGGGAACUUUUUCCUUCAAGGGAAAAUGGAUACGUUGAAGCGAAAUCCAAAAUUUCCAGUGGCUCCCAAAGUUUUGGUCAGAACCUCCUGACUGCAAGGUCAUCAACAAAAUAGGAAAGAAAAUAAAGAAGUCUGCUACACAAAAUUAAGUCAACAUUUUCUGAUUUCCUUUGAAAUAUUGGACAAUUUUGCCUAAGGCUGCAAGUAACGGUUAUUUUCUUUAUCGAAUAAUCUAACGAUUAUUUUCUCGCUUAAUUGUUCGUCAGCAAAUAGUAAAAAAUAACCUAUUACAAGUUUCCCAAGCCGACAGUGACGUCUUCAAAUGUCUUGCUUUGUCCAAAACCCAAAGAUAUUCAGUUUACUGUCAUAGAAGACUCAGAAAAACAGAAAAUAUUCACAUUUGAGAAGCUGGAGCCAAAACAUUUUUGCCAUUUUUCUUUAACAAAAUGACCUUAAACGAUUAAUUUAUCAAUUAUGAAAAUUGUUGUUGUUGUAGAUUAAUUCGAUUCGAUUGAUGAAACGAUACAAUCGAUACAGUACAAAGUGUUUUGUUUAUUUGCAAAUGUUAAAAUUAAACAAAUGACAUACAAACAACAAUGAAAAAGCCCAAAAGGCCUUAUUGAUUACCUCUCUGUAAAAUAUAUAGUGGUUCAAAACCUUCCCAAGGGGUCCUAAAAUAGCUCUGAGGGGUCACCAGAUGAUUAAAGGGGUAAAGAAACAAAUCUGGCACAGAGUUUUCUUACUUUUGCUCAAAGCUUUUGCUUUAUUUUGUGAAAUAUCGGAUACUCUGACCUCCUCGUGGCCUCUAAAAAUCAAAAUUUGGUUUAACUGCUCACAAACCGCAUCUACAAGAAGGCUGUAACCUGUGAUGAGGGUUCACAAGUUUUCAUUUUAAGGGGUCAAGUUUGUGAGAUGUUUGGGAAGAUGAAGAUCAGAUGUCAGGAGUGAAUCUGUGGAUUAGUUUGAAAAUAAGACAUGAAAUGCUUUUCCCUCUCUGAACUGUAUCUUGUAUGUAAAAGUAUGUAUUUGGAGUCUCCUGAAACAAGAAGUUUGAGUUGGUUGAAAUCAACUGCUCAUAGUUCAUCAACAUAAACAGCCUGUGACGAAGGGUUACAAAUAGCCUUUGCUUCGUUUUAAAGCCCAGAAAGUUGGAAACCACUGGCUCUAAGCGGUGUUAUUUCAACGUGUCUGUUUGAGAAUGCGGUCGGACUAAAGCGUGAGGAACUCGAUAUUUUUAAAUGAUGGGUGACACAGUGAUGAUGUUUCUGUUCGCCUGUCGACAGCUUUUGGGCUGAGUGACGCGUUGUUUUCAACACUGAUACACUUAUUAACACAUCCACAAAAAAACACUGUUAUUAACACACAGAGCGAACGACGCUCAGACGCAGAGAUACAUGCACAACACCUACAAAUACAAUGCUGUGGCGCAUUCAGACACUCAUCUCAUGGACUAAAUGAAGAUGAGCUUUUAGGAAAAGGAGGACCUGGUGGUGUUUCAAAAGGUGCUAAAAUUUUAUCUGAAAAUAAGAAAAAUAUAUUGUUAGGAGUAUAAAUCAAGUUUGUCUUUACAAUGACUGUAUUUAAGUUUGUCGUAGUAAUGAAAAGGCACUAUUAUUAUUUUACUCUUGUAUGAAUAUGAACUAAUUAAAAAGGCAUUUUAACUUUGUACUUGAACAAUGUAAGAAAUGAAUCGUGAAUAAAAAAAAAAGGACUGUUUCUUGUGA